GGUCCGUCAGUAGAGAGCCGAACUCCCGAAACUUCAGCAGCAGCUGCCCAUUGCACUGCUCGAUCAAUCGCCAUCGCCUACAUCUAUCAAACCGGCCCGAAUACCCAGAGAGGCUCAUCGAAAAUGCCGCAACAAGACGAGACGAGCAAUAACCCGGCUGUAAUCGCCUACAAUGCCGUCUUGAUCCUGUUCGAUGUGCUCGUCUUCCUGGUGAAGUCGGUGUACAUCACGGUGAAGGCGAUAGUCGAGAUGGCCAUGUUACCGCCGGCCCGGGACGUAAGCGGCGACAUUGUGCUGAUUACUGGCGCCGGUCACGGUAUGGGCAAGAAUCUGGCACUACAGUAUGCCGCCCUCGGUACAACCGUCGUGUGUGUCGAUGUCAACGAAAAGACGAACUCUGAAACGGUCGCCGCCAUCAAGUCGGCCAAAGGUGGCAAAGCAUUCGGUUUCACAUGUGACGUUACCAACCGCCAGCAGGUGAUGGAUACGUGCAAAAAGAUCAAGGAGCAGGUCGGUGUCGUGAGCAUCCUGAUCAACAAUGCCGGCAUCAUGCCGACGCACUCGCUGCUGCAGCAGACCGAGACCGAAAUUCGCAAAACCUUCGACAUCAACGUGUUGGCGCACUUCUGGUUCAUUCAAUCACUGCUGCCGGAUAUGCUGAAGCAGAACCGGGGCCACAUCGUCGUGCUGUCCUCCAUUGCCGGUAUGAUCGGUUUCAAGUAUUUGGUUCCGUACUGUGGCACGAAAUUUGCCGUCCGCGGCAUUAUGGAGGCACUGUCGGAGGAGCUGCGUGCAGAUCCGACCAAGCCCAACAUCAAAUUCACCACCAUCUACCCAUACAUGGUUGACACCGGGCUGUGCAAGCGACCGUACACCCGGUUCCCGAGUCUGCUGAAGAUGGUCAAGCCGGACGAUGCGGCCGCCGCCAUUAUCGAUGCACAGCGCCGCGGACUAACCGAAGCGUCUAUCCCCAAAUACCUGCUCUAUCUGAACACCUGGUUCCGUAACCUGCCACUGCGCGUCGGCCAGGAGUUCGGUGACCUGCUGGACACCGGUCUGCAGUCGGACCUGUAGGCACGUAGCGUAGCGGCAGGGUCAGCGUGUUUCAUUCAUUACUUAAGUCACUGCGCUACUUCUCUGCAAAUUCUCUGUAUCCCCGUUUGAUGCAGAACACAAAAUAAACGUGAAAGAUGACAGUGUUGGGUAUAACACAAAUUUCA